GUUUUACAGCACUGCCCCGCUUAAACGCGUCAAGAGUAGAUACACUUUAUUUAUUUAUGCUCUUUGUUUUGAAAAUAGAAUCGGAAUCUCAGGACUUUAAAUUUAUUGUACCGCCAGAAACGUGACAAAACAAUAUGAAAUCUGAAUAAUAUACGGUUUCAAUAAGUGUGUUAUAAGCAUUUGGAGUAAAUUUUACCAUUUGUAAGGCGCAGGUUGCUCUCACUGCCACCUAGGCUCACACCUUAAAAACUUGUUUCAUACCACCAACUGAAGCGAUACAUACGCAGAAGGCGUCUCCGUAGAUGCAACUUACAAAUUGCGAUACAUAUUUACAUACAUACAUGUAUGCACUUGGAUUAUUAGAGUGGACUGUUUAAAUGCUCUAAAUUUACUUUCCAAGCUCCUAACAACCGCCGUUUAAAAUGGCGCCUGAUCAAAUUAAGAUUCCGUUGUGCAAUAUGCCUGGCAAAAUGAACGAUCGCGAUCGCAUACGAGAUCCCCGAGAGGAGAUCCUACUCGAGACGAACUUUGAAGAUGACGGUGGUGUGCUUACACGUGCCUACAAUAACAAUCCCUACAAUGGGGGCAACAUACAAAAUCGACGACGCCCUUCGUACCGAUCGGAACACUCCUUGGAUAGGUACACAGAGCGUGGUGGCGAAGGUGACUGCUGCCAAUCAUGCAUGGCACGUAUCCCCUACGCCACGAUGAUAGCCACUCUGAUGUGUCUCCUGGGAGUGGGUAUCUUCUGUUUCACCAUGUACCGAGGGGCAUCGCUCACUGUCAUAAUGGUAGACCAAGUAUUUCACUUGCGAUUAAUAUGGAUCGAAGCUGUGCAGAUGAUAUUUGUAAUAAUUGGAGCUGGCAUGGCAGCCCUUGGAUUUAUGAUACUUUUCGUUGGCUUUCUGGCUACUGGCGCCACGCGCUAUAAGGUGUAUAGAGCCUGGCGGUCCCGCGUUGGAGGCCGGAUCUCCUGCGCCGUACUUAUGGGCAUCACGUACCUGCUCAAUUUCGUGUGGAGUCUUAUUCUUUGUUUCCUGGUUGUUGUUACCUUCAUAUAUACCAUGUUCUGGAACAUGUGCUCCAGUGUCGAGCACUCACAGAGUUGCAUAGAUUUGACACAAUUCCAUUUUAUGUUCCCACCAAACACCAAACUUGAGGACAUGAAGGUGUGCGAAAAGUAUGAGAUCAAGGCUUUCUGUAAAGAUGGUGUUGAGAACGCUGAGGUUAUGUUCAUACUGGCCACGCUGUCCACCCUUUUAGUCAUUCUUAGCCUGGUUCAUUAUCUCAUGUGCCUCUCGGCCAACUAUGCGCACAUACGUGAUCACGAAAAGUUCCAAGAGCUGCAGGAAAUGCAAAACCUCAACGAGCUGGAGUACAGUGCUACGUCCAAGGAUCGUUUCUAGGACAUAUUUCAGAAGAUUCAAUUUGAGCUUAAAGAGAAGACAAGCAUCAUUUGAGAGCGACAUUUUGGCAAACGUUACAACGAACACAGCACUAGUGCAAUGCUGCCAACACGAUACAAUUAAGAUUUUUUUUAGACCUAAUAUUAAGACUACACAUUUUGAUGUAUACAUUUUUUUUUAUAUUAAUUUGACAAGUUAUUGGCAUUCAUUUUGAUUUGGUUCGACAAUAGUUGUAUGACCAAGCAAUUAAUUCGAAAUAUAACUAAAAUCUAGUUGAAUUUUCUUCACAUUUGAUCCAUUGUCGCUUUUAUCAUUCAUUUUUAUCAUUGCCUAUGCUUUCCGUUCAAAUGUUUAUUUAUACCGUCCAUUAAAUUAAGCUUCGUACAUCCAUUAUUUUUAAAUUAUAAUCAAAUAUGUAUUUUUAUGCUUUUAUUUCAAAUAGCUUACACAAUAAAUUGAUAAAUACUUUAUGCUCAAAUUGAUUCUUCUGAAUUGCUGAAUACACUUGAUUAAAAAGGCAAUUUACCCAAUACAUUAGUGUAAUGAAAUCCAUCCGUGCAUCUAUCCAUCUGAGGCAUUUUCUUGUGGUUGCCGCAGUUAUAUGUAUAUUCAUAAAAUACGUACAACAUAUGUCUAUCACUUUUGAUAUCUGACAAUGAAACAACACACAUUAAUCUUACAUUUAUUAUACAUACGAGUAUAUACAAUAAAAUAUUUUGUACUUUUCUAAUAGUAAUAUGUAUACAAAACACGUACAAUGCUAACCCCGAAACUUUACAACUAGAUUUUGAAACACUAAGCACUUCAAUAAAUGAUUUGUUUAUAGAUC